ACACUCUUGAAAGAAAAUGUCUACAUUUAACAUUGCAGGAAGAGUGGAAGCUUGGUUGUUGUCCACAUGGCAUGUUAAAGUUCCUUUGACAUGGCUGGAAGCAUGUAUUAGUUGGAUCCAGGAAGAGAACAGAGGUACUAACUUAAGACAAGAUCAGAUUAACAGGCAGGUGUUUGAGCAAUGGCUUCUUACUGAUCUGAGAGAUUUGGAAUAUCCUGUUUUGCCGGACUGCAUCUUAGGCUCUCCCAAAGGGGAACUGUCAGGUUUCUACUCCAUACAGAUUGAUUCACUGGUUGAUGUCAGCCAGCCAGCAUAUUCCCAGUUGCAAAAACUAAGAGGGAAAAAUACCAUAAAUGAAGAAGUAACAGCCAGUACUCAGACAUUCAAGAAGCCCUGGGAAACAAAGCCUACUCGAAUGCUGAUGCUGCAACUAACUGAUGGCAUACAUCAAGUCCAGGGCAUGGAGUAUCAGCCGGUGCCCAUCCUCCACUGUAAUCUUCCUCCUGGAACAAAAAUCACCAUACAGGGUAAUAUUGCAUAUCGUCUUGGUGUUCUGCUGCUGAAAUCAGAAAAUGUGAAGCUGUUGGGGGGUGAAGUGGAUGCUCUUCUGGAGGAGUAUUCUCAGGAAAGGGUUCUUGCUAGAUUAAUUGGAGAAACUGAAAACCUUAAUUCUGUUGGACAAGCAUCUCAUAACCAAAUUAUUUCAAGGUCUUUGAAUGAGUUAGAACAAACUCUAGGCCCUUCAGAUGAAGAGCUUUUAGCUAGUCUUGAGGAAAAUAAUGAAUUUACUUUAAACAAUGAAGCAUCUUUAGAAAGUGGAUACUGCACUGGAGGCAACAAUUUUAAUACAGCCUCAGGUUCAACAGAUGCACACAAUGGGAAUGUUUUUCAACGAGAAUCUAGAAGUCCUUUGCCUCGUUCAGUUCAACAAGUCUCACCUCCUAUAGAAUAUGCCGAUGGCUGUUUAAAUGACUUUCCUUUAGAAGAUGACUUUCUUCUGGAAGAAGAGAUGCAAAAAGAGCUGGAAGAAGUGAAAUCAGUGGUCAUGAACAGAAAUCUAGUUACUGAGAGGUUUUCACAUACAUUUAAAAACUCCUGUAAUUCAUCCUUAAAUGGCACUUGUGAAACCAGUAAUACAAAUGAAAGAGCUGAGCCCGUAGAAACUACCCUCAAGCAAAAGACUUUUGGAAGAACAGUAUUUAGUGGAGAUGGAAAUAGUGUGAGUAGCUUCUCACAGCACAGGAGUGGACAUCAAAUCUGCAGUUCUGCAGAUUGUUCUUUGGAAAAUCCUCCUAAAGAAAUACAGAAUGAUACAGACCUAGAUGAGAGUAGAGGUAAAUCCCAGGACAAUUCAGACAGCAGGCUGUUGAAUUCUGUACUUUUUUCAAAAACAGAUCCAGGAGCAGAUCAGCAGAAGCAUGAUUCACAGACCUUUCCCUGCAGAGCAGCAGAGGCACUUUCGGACUUAGAUUCUCCCCCUUUCACCUAUAUUUCCCUUCUCUUUGCAAAAAAGCCAGAAACUGUUACAAAGUUGAAAGUUAAGUGUUUUAUUGUUACUCUCACUAGUAACCUUACAAGCACUAAUGGAUCCUGGGGUAUAAAGGCAAAAAUUUCAGAUGGUUCUGCUUACCUUGAAGUAGAUUUUGCCAGUGAUAUUCUAACAAGUUUGAUUGGCUUUUCAGUGUCUGAAAUGAAUAAGCUGAGGAAGGAUCCAGCUUCACAUCUGAAGCUUAAGGAUGGUUUAGUGAAAUGUCAAAAACAACUGAUAGAUCUUUGUUGUUUGAUGACUAUAGAGUUUAACCCGCUUCAGUCUAAAGCCACUGUAUUAAAUCUCCAGAACGCUGAUGCAAAGCAUUUAGAACAACUGAAGAAACGUUUAAAUACAUAAUAUGUAGAA